AUGAAUUUUAAACUAUCAAUACGACGAAUCAAUCCAAAAUUUUUCAUCUGCAAAAGAUGUAUAUCAAGCACAACUUUAUUAUAUGACAAAAGAACAAAUUCAAAUACAAUAUCACAAUUAUCAAAUUUACAAAAGGGAAAUGAAAUAAUUAAACAUAUUAAAGAUUCAUAUACUCAAGGAAAUAUUACUUUCCUUGAAGAUUAUACAAAAUCGAACAAAGAGGAUCUACCGUCAAAAUUUUUAAGAAAGAAAGUUCCAAUUGAUUAUCUUUUAAAAGAUUUAAUUGAAAUUAUGAUAAAGGGAGAUAUAAGUUUAAUAACAAAUAAUAUUCAAACAUUAAAAGAAGAGAAACUUUGGCCUAAAAGAUACAUUAUAUCAACUGAAAUCAAUCAAAUACGACGAGAUUUUUUACAUUAUUUAAUUAAUUAUAAUCAUUUAUCAUUAGCAACAUCUUUGUUAUUACAAUUUCAACAAAAUCAUUUGAGUUAUCAUAAAUCAGAUAUAACAUUAUUAAUAAAUGCUAUAAAAAAUAGUUCAAUACGAGAUUUUCCAAUUAAUUCAUAUUGUAUAUUACAGAUUAUUCAGCAUUUUAAUCUUACUACAAUGGAAUUAUAUAAAUGUUUCCAAUAUUUAACAUCAAUUCAAAUUGGUAAUUAUUAUUCAAAUUAUUUAUUUUUUAAAUUACAUAGAGAGAAUAUGUUGGUUGAGUUUAAUUCAAAACAAUUUAAUAAAAUUUUAAUUUCAUUAUUAAAUUUAAAUUUGGAGAAUCAAGAUAUUAUAAAGUCAUUACAAAUUUGGAAAAUUUCUAAACCUUUGAUUCAAAAUUUAAACCAGUCUCAAAUUAAAGAACUUACGAAUUUAAUAGUCACCAUUUUCAAACUUUAUCAUGAUCAACCUAAGAUAGAAUCGGAAAUUGAAAAUUUACCAAAUUUCAUAAAACAAACAUCUGAAUUUUUGAAUUAUGACUUAGAUUAUUAUUCAAACCAUUCACCAACAAGUUUUAAAAAUUUAAUAAAAAAUUUAUCAAGUCCAUUAAAAAGAUCAACAUUAACUUCAUUAUUAAAAGGAUUUAUUAAAAUUGAAGAUGAAAUAAAUGCUGAAAAAAUUAUAGAAACCAUUUUCCAAACUUCAAAUUUAAAUCAAGAUGAAUUAAAUAUAAUAGUUGAAAAAUUACUAGCGGAAAAUAAAUUGAAUGAAGCAUUAUCAAUGAUUAGAAGAAUGAGUUUAGAAAUUAGUAAAAAAUCAUAUUUAACCAUAUUUAAAAAAUUUGAAACCUUUGAAGACAAUGAUCAAAAAAUAUAUGAUUUUUAUAAAGAAUUAUAUUUAAAAUUUAUGAAAUUGGAUCCAGGAGAUGAAGUAUUAAAAGAAUUUACAGUCUCAAUAAUUGAAAAAUUAUCCAAGAUUGAUAAUAAACAAGCAACAAGAUAUUUAAUUAAAUUUAUGAAACUUACAGAUUUUCAAAACUAUCAAAUUAAUAAAAUUGAAAAUUUUAUAAAUUUUCAAAAAUAUAAUAUGUUAAAUGAAUUUAAAAAUUUAAUUUCAUUAGAUCAUUUUGCAAUUGUUUCAUGUCUUAAAAUUAUAUCAAAACAGGCAGUAUCGCAAAAAGAUUAUAUAAUUUUAAAUUGGGUCAUUAAUGAAUUUAGAAAAUUAGGUUGGGAAAUUUCAACAAUUGUGGAAUAUUUAUUGUAUUUUGAUUCAAAUAAUAAUUUACGUAAAAUGAUGAAAAAGAGAGCUUUUAUAGAUGUUGAUAGUAAAAAUGCAGACGAUUUAGGUUAG